AUGAGCUCUACCGGGGGCUCGCAGCGCGCGAGCGAAGUCAACAGCGCCAUGCUCAACGUCCCGGGAUAUGCAGACGACACGAUGCUCUUCAUGCUGCGAUGGGGAAGCCUGGCCCAGGCGACGCUACGUAAAGUCGACUAUGACGAAUUCCUCGUCCGCAUGUCGGCCCUGAACAAGCAUUGGUUUGCAAGCCAGAGCCAGAGCACAAGCGGAAGCCCCGUCAGCGUUGUCGGCACCCGCGGCAGCGGCCAAGGCGACGACGGAGGGCCAAAAGCAGCAGCGGCGGCGGCAACAGUACAAGCAGCAGCACAAGCAGCAGCAGCUGGAGUGGCAGCAGAAGCGGCUACUACUAGCUGUGAGGAUGACAGAGACGGAGGAGGCGUCCAUACAGCUGGAGGCGACGAUGAUGCCGUGGAUCCGCCCCAGGCCGGCGACAAGGCCGCUGAGCUCAAGGCCCGGACGCUGGAGCUGAUUCAGGACUUUCCGCAGCUGGUGCGCGAUUUUGACAAGUUUAUCGACUGUACAAGGAUCAUGGCGACCAAGUAUGGCAGGGCACCAGUAUAA